AUGGAUAGAUACUUCGGAAGACAGGUCCAAUAUAAAAAAAAAAUUGACAUUAUUAAGCAAUUUAUUUUUGUUUCAGUUCGAAGUGUGUCGCAUACUAUCACACUUCUUGAAGUACCACUUUGGGCUGAUCCAAGGAAAGAGGCGGAGUUGCGUUGUCACUAUAUGAGGCAACCUCACGAUCCAGCCCUCCACUCUGUCAAGUGGUAUCGUGACACACACGAGAUAUUUCGGUACACUCCUCAAGAGUACGAAACGCGAGCGUUUAACAGUACUGGGAUCUCCGUCACUAAUAGUUCCUGCAAUUUGAGCGCUUGUGAUAUAACAGUGCGUCCCGAGCGAGGCACGGCAAAGUAUACGUGCGAAGUGUCCAGCGAAGGACCCAGAUUUGCUGUGGAUAAACGAUCGGCGAACAUGACUUUAGCAGUGCUACCAGAGUAUGACCCUCUCAUCACUGGACUUCCGACGAUAGUACAAGUGGGCGAACAAGCGCUUGUCAAUUGUACUUCAGACUACUCGAUACCUGCAGCUGAUAUCGAUUGGUUCGUAGACUCGGAACCACAAGAGGAUCCUAUGAUAACUGGCGAGACGCACGUGUCGGGCGCGGACGGAGAUGGCUUACGAGCAUCAUGGCGGACCCUGCACGUGUUCCCGGAUGACUACAUAACGCACCGCGGCUACCUGUCGCUGCGUUGCAGAGCCACGCUGCCGACCCAACCGCCGCAUAUCCGCAGCAUGUCUGUUCGCCUAUACGUAGCCAGUCGUCCGCACAUAUCCUCCUAUAUGUUUAGUAAGAAUAAUGCUGUGGCUGAGAGCACCUCUAUAAGAUUUCAAUGGGAAAUGCUUGUAUGGACAUUAUCGCUGUUAUUCGGGAGACAAGUGCCUUUGUUAGUGAAAUGA